AAGAAGAGCCCUGGGUUCUCUCUUCUGUGAGUUAUUUAACCAACAUGACAGUGGACUCCCUUGUGUCUCAAGAGAAGAAAGGAGGGAAAUGGUUCCAGGACACCAGGGUCUGGAUCCCUGACCCAGAUGAAGUGUGGCGCUCAGCUGAGUUAACCAAGGACUACAAGGAAGGAGACAAAAGCUUGCAGCUGAGACUGGAAGAUGGCACAACUCGGGACUACUCCAUUGAUGCCCAGAGCAACCAGCUGCCCUUCCUGCGGAACCCAGACAUCCUGGUGGGCGAGAAUGACCUUACAGCCCUGAGCUACCUGCACGAACCAGCGGUACUGCACAACUUAAAGGUCCGCUUUCUGGAGUCCAACCAUAUCUACACCUACUGCGGUAUUGUACUUGUUGCCAUUAACCCAUAUGAGCAGUUGCCAAUCUAUGGACAAGAUGUCAUCUAUGCCUACAGUGGCCAAAACAUGGGGGACAUGGACCCCCACAUCUUUGCUGUGGCAGAAGAGGCCUAUAAGCAGAUGGCCAGGGAUGAGAAGAACCAGUCCAUCAUUGUCAGUGGGGAGUCUGGAGCCGGCAAGACUGUGUCAGCCAAGUAUGCCAUGCGCUACUUUGCCACGGUGGGUGGCUCAGCCAGUGACACCAACAUUGAAGAGAAGGUGCUGGCGUCCAGUCCCAUCAUGGAGGCCAUCGGAAAUGCCAAAACCACUCGCAAUGAUAACAGCAGCCGUUUCGGAAAGUAUAUCCAGAUUGGCUUUGACAAAAGGUACCACAUCAUUGGGGCUAACAUGAGGACCUACCUGCUGGAGAAGUCCAGAGUGGUCUUUCAGGCCGAGGAAGAGAGGAAUUACCACAUCUUUUACCAGCUCUGUGCUGCCGCCAGCCUCCCCGAAUUGAAAGAGCUUGCCCUAACAUGUGCGGAGGACUUCUUCUACACGGCUCAGGGUGGAGACACAUCCAUCGAGGGAGUGGAUGACGCUGAGGACUUUGAGAAGACGCGGCAGGCCUUCACACUGCUAGGAGUGAGAGAGUCCCAUCAGAUAAGCAUUUUUAAGAUAAUUGCUUCCAUCCUGCACCUGGGAAACGUGGGGAUUCAGGCCGAGCGCGAUGGCGAGUCCUGCAGUAUAUCACCCCAGGAUGAGCACCUCACCAGCUUCUGCCGGCUGCUAGGGGUGGAGCACAGUCAGAUGGAGCACUGGCUGUGCCACCGCAAGCUGGUCACCACCUCAGAGACCUACGUGAAGACCAUGUCGCUGCAGCAGGUAGUGAACGCACGUAAUGCCCUGGCCAAGCACAUCUAUGCGCAGCUGUUUGGCUGGAUCGUGGAGCACGUCAACAAGGCCCUGCACAGUAUGCUCAAGCAGCAUUCCUUCAUCGGGGUGCUAGACAUCUACGGGUUUGAGACAUUUGAGGUCAACAGCUUUGAGCAGUUCUGCAUCAACUACGCAAACGAGAAGCUCCAGCAGCAGUUCAACUCGCAUGUAUUCAAACUGGAGCAAGAAGAAUACAUGAAGGAGCAGAUCCCUUGGACCUUGAUUGAUUUUUAUGACAACCAGCCUUGUAUAGACCUCAUAGAAGCAAAGCUGGGCAUCUUGGACCUACUGGAUGAAGAAUGUAAGGUGCCCAAAGGAACCGACCAGAACUGGGCUCAGAAACUGUAUGACCGGCACGCUGGCAGCCAGCACUUCCAGAAACCCCGGAUGUCCAACACAGCCUUCAUCGUCAUCCACUUCGCAGACAAGGUGGAGUACCUUUCUGACGGGUUUCUGGAGAAGAACAGAGAUACGGUGUAUGAAGAACAGAUCAACAUCCUGAAGGCCAGCAAGUUUCCGCUUGUGGCCGACUUGUUUCAUGAUGACAAAGACUCUGCCACUGGCACCACCGCGUCUGGGAAAGGCUCCUCUGCCAAGAUCCAUGUUCGUUCCGCCAGACCCCCGCUGAAAGCCUCCAACAAGGAGCACAAGAAAACCGUGGGCCACCAGUUCCGCAGCUCCCUGCACCUGCUCAUGGAGACCCUCAACGCCACAACACCACACUAUGUCCGCUGCAUCAAGCCGAACGAUGAGAAGCUGCCCUUUCACUUUGACCCCAAAAGAGCAGUGCAGCAGCUCCGAGCCUGUGGGGUGCUGGAGACCAUUCGGAUCAGUGCUGCUGGCUACCCAUCCAGGUGGGCCUACCAUGACUUCUUCAACCGCUACCGCAUGCUGAUCAAGAAGAGAGAGCUGGCCAGCGCGGACAAGAAGGUCCUCUGCAGGUCUGUGCUGGAGAGCCUCAUCAAGGAUCCUGACAAGUUCCAGUUCGGCCGCACCAAGAUCUUCUUCCGGGCAGGUCAAGUGGCCUACCUGGAGAAGCUGCGGGCUGACAAGUUCCGGGCGGCCACCAUCAUGAUCCAGAAAACCGUGCGGGGCUGGCUACAGCGGGUCAAGUAUCAAAGGUUGAAGGGGGCGACCUUGACUCUACAGAGGUACUGCCGAGGGCACAUGGCCCGCAGGCUGGCCGAGCACUUGCGGAGGAGCCGUGCGGCGGUGGUGCUCCAGAAGCAGUACCGCAUGCGGAAGGCCCGCCGGGCCUACCAGCAGGUGCGCCGCGCUGCCGUGCUCAUCCAGGCCUUCGCUCGGGGCAUGUUUGUGCGGAGGAUCUACCGCCAGGUCCUCCUGGAGCACAAGGCCACCAUCAUCCAGAAGCACGUGCGGGGCUGGGCGGCACGCAGACACUUCCAGCAGCUGCGGGACGCGGCUGUGGUCAUCCAGUGCGCCUUCCGCAUGCGCAAGGCCAAGCAGGCGCUCAAGGCCCUCAAGAUCGAGGCCCGCUCGGCCGAGCACCUGAAACGCCUCAAUGUGGGCAUGGAGAACAAGGUGGUUCAGCUGCAGCGGAAGAUCGACGACCAGAACAAAGAGUUCAAGAUGCUGUCGGAGCAGCUGUCAUCGGUCACCUCCACGCACACCAUGGAGGUGGAGAGGCUGAAGAAGGAGCUUGCCCACUACCAGCAGAGCUACCAUGGAGACAGCAGCCUGAGGCUGCAGAAGCAGGUGGAGAGCCUGCAGGCCGAGCUGCAGAGGGCACACUCGGAGCACAAGGUCCUGGAGGACGCCCGCACCAGGGAGAACCACGAGCUGAGGAAGCGAGUGGCAGACCUGGAGCAAGAAAAUGCACUUUUGAAAGAUGAGAAGGAACAGCUCAACAACCAGAUCCUGUGCCAGUCUCAAGAUGAAUUUGCCCAGAGCUCCAUGAAGGAGAACCUCAUGAAGAAGGACCUGGAGGAGGAGCGGUCCCGGUACCAGAACCUCGUGAAGGAGUACUCGCGCCUGGAGCAAAGAUACGACAACCUCCGGGAUGAAAUGACCAUCCUCAAGCAAAGCCCAGGCCACAGGAGGAACCCCUCAAACCAGAGCAGCUUAGAGUCUGACUCCAACUACCCCUCCAUCUCCACGUCUGAGGUCGGAGACACAGAAGAUGCCCUCCAGCAGGUGGAGAGUAACACAUGCUUACCUUUUCUCCGUCGUCCUCAGGUAGAACAACCAAAGAAUGAAGUUGAUGUGGACCAGGAUGCAGACCUAGCCUAUAAUAGUCUGAAGAGGCAAGAGCUGGAGUCGGAGAAUAAGAAGCUGAAGAAUGACCUGAAUGAGCUGAGGAAAGCAGUGGCCGACCAGGCCACACAGAACAACUCCACCCACAGCUCCCCAGACAGCUACAGCCUGCUGCUGAACCAGCUCAAGCUGGCCAAUGAGGAGCUGGAGGUCCGAAAGGAGGAGGUCCUCAUCCUCAGGACCCAGAUCGUCAGCACCGACCAGCGCCGGCACACGGGCAAGAGCACGGAGCCGAACAUUAAUGCCAGAGCGAGUUGGCCUAACAGCGAGAAGCACGUGGACCAGGAGGAUGCCAUUGAGGCCUACCAUGGUGUCUGCCAGACAAACAGCAAGACUGAGGAUUGGGGCUAUUUGAAUGAAGAUGGAGAACUCGGCUUGGCCUACCAAGGCCUAAAGCAAGUGGCCAGGUUGCUGGAGGCCCAGCUGCAGGCCCAGAGCCGGGAGCACGAGGUGGCGGUGGAGCAGCUGCAGGCUCAGGUGGAGGCGCUGAGGGAAGAGCUGGACCGGCAGCAGCAGACCUUCUGCCAGACGCUGCUGCUGUCCCCAGAGGCCCAGGUGGAGUUUGGAGUCCAGCAGGAGAUCUCCCGGCUGACCAACGAGAACCUGGACCUUAAAGAGCUGGUGGAGAAGCUAGAAAAGAAUGAGAGAAAACUCAAAAAACAGCUGAAGAUUUACAUGAAGAAAGUUCAGGACCUGGAAGCUGCCCAGGCACUGGCCCAGAGUGAGCGCAGGCACCACGAGCUUAACAGGCAAGUCACCGUGCAGCGCAAGGAGAAGGACUUCCAGGGCAUGCUGGAGUACCACCAGGAGGAUGAGGCUCUGCUCAUCCGGGCCCUGGUCACAGAGCUGAAGCCACAGGCACUGGCGGGCACGGUGCCCUGCCUCCCCGCCUACAUCCUCUACAUGUGCAUCCGGCAUGCCGACUAUGUCAAUGACGACGUCAAGGUGCACUCGCUGCUGACCUCCACCAUCAACGGCAUCAAGAAAGUCCUCAAGAAGCACAAUGAUGACUUUGAGAUGACAUCAUUCUGGCUGUCCAACACCUGCCGCCUCCUGCAUUGUCUGAAGCAGUACAGUGGGGAUGAGGGCUUCAUGACUCAGAACACCCCCAAGCAGAAUGAGCACUGUCUGAAGAACUUCGACCUCACUGAGUAUCGGCAGGUGCUGAGCGACCUUUCCAUCCAGAUCUACCAGCAGCUCAUUAAGAUCGCCGAGGGCCUGUUGCAGCCCAUGAUAGUUUCAGCCAUGCUGGAAAAUGAGAGCAUCCAGGGUCUCUCUGGUGUGAAGCCAACAGGCUACCGGAAGCGUUCCUCUAGCAUGGUGGACGGGGACAACUCUUACUGCCUGGAAGCUGUCAUCCGCCAGAUGAAUUCCUUCCACACUGUCAUGUGCGACCAGGGGCUAGACCCAGAGAUCAUCCUGCAGGUGUUCAAGCAGCUCUUCUACAUGAUCAACGCAGUGACUCUCAACAACCUGCUUCUGCGUAAAGACGUCUGCUCCUGGAGCACAGGCAUGCAGCUCAGGUACAAUAUAAGUCAGCUGGAGGAGUGGCUCCGGGGAAGGAACCUUCACCAGAGUGGAGCAGCUCAGACCAUGGAACCUCUGAUCCAAGCAGCGCAGCUCCUACAGUUGAAGAAGAAAACCCCCGAGGAUGCCGAGGCCAUCUGCUCCCUGUGCACCUCCCUCAGCACCCAACAGAUUGUCAAAAUUUUAAACCUUUACACCCCCCUAAAUGAAUUUGAAGAACGGGUAACAGUGGCCUUUAUACGAACAAUCCAGGCACAACUGCAAGAGCGCAAUGACCCUCAGCAACUGCUGUUAGACUCCAAGCAUAUGUUUCCAGUUUUGUUUCCCUUUAACCCAUCGUCUCUGACCAUGGACUCAAUCCACAUCCCAGCGUGUCUCAAUCUGGAGUUCCUCAGUGAAGUCUGAAAGUGUACAUUUUCAACUAUGGCUCUAUUCCCAGUGAGAGCAAGGAGGAGACUAAACAUAAACAGAAUUGAAAGGUCUGUCAAAGUGGGUCAAACCCAAUUGAGAGCCUAUGCACAGUACUGAACCAUACAAAAGAUACACGUCACUAUUUUUUGUACCUACUAUUGAGAAUAAAAGUGCUUGAAGUAUGGAAGAUAUUUUUUAAAAAAUAUGAUUGCAGUCUAAACAAAUAUCAUCAGCCACUGAGCAGUCCUCAUGGCAACAUGAAAGGUGCCAGUCUGUAAAAUGGAAACUGCCAAGUUUUGAUCUUUGCUUAUAACUGGCAAUUAUCCAAAGUAAAAUGUCAAAAGUAUGUAAGUCACACAGAUUGCCUUCAGAGGUCUUGUAACAAAAAAUGGUACUAAUGUUUAUGAUAGUGUCCAUGUAGUUAAGUUCCGUCCUCCCAGGUUGACAAACCAUGAUACAGAUAAAGUUUGUGGAGAUGGGUCUUGAGAACACAAACACAGGCCUGAGUCUUCUGAGAUAUUGCCCACAGGAACUGCUUAAUGCCUAUGAGAAGGAGAAAAUGGCAUACAGGGCCCAAAGAUGACACAUUUUAAGUACUGGUUUCGAAAGCAGAGUUAGAAGACCUAUUUGCUCAUGUGAUCAAACCCUUUUUCAGUCUUGGUUUAAUCAAAGAUUUAUGCUACUGUCCCAAAUUUGAAAUUAUGCUUCCAGUGAUAGGCCAUAUACUUACUGAGUCAACCUUUAGCUAAAUGUUAGGGAGAAUUUUUUUUAUUUACAGAUGUAAAAACCAAACUACUAAUUGUUAAUCCCUUAAUGCUAUUAAACCUCCAACAAGAACAUCUCAACCAAAAUAGUAAAGGAAAACAAACAUAUAUGGAAUAUUAUUUGAAGGUUUGUUAAAUCAUUUCAGGGAUUAUUAAAUUAUUCAAAAGUA